GUGGCUUUUGUCCAAAGAAGAAUCGGAGAUGGGAGACAGAGUUGAUCUUUGGUCUGAGAUCAUUAGAUCCGAGGAAGAACACGGAGAUGGGUUCAGAGAAGUUCCUCAAGUCGAAGUUUAUCAGAGAAGGAAGAAGAUUGAGAAGCCUUCCUCUGCCGAAAAUUUAGUCUGGUCGGUGAAAGGGGCUCGAACUAGUUUUGUCAAUGGACCCAAGAGAGAUAGCUGGACUCGUUCCCUUUCCACCAGAGGGAGAGAGAGUAUAGCAGUGGGCGCUUAUGUCAACAAUCAGCCUCAGAAGAAGCCAGCUAGGAGAAAGAAGCCUCCUAUUCCAAAGGAAAAAGCUGUGAAAGCUCAAGACUUACAGAAAGAGAAGGAGUAUUUUCAUGAGGUUGAUGCUUUUGAGCUUGUGGAAGAGAGUCCAUCUCCCAAGAGCAAGAAUGCUAGUACAUGGAUCAAUGGUGAACAAGUUGUUCCUGAGGUGCCACAUCUGGCCACAAGAUUAGAGAAAUGGCUGAUCUCGAAGAAGUUAAAUCGUUCUUGUGGUCCUUCAAGCACACUCUCUAAGAUACUUGAAACCUCACACUCAACCACACGCUUAGAGCCAAUACUUGAUGAUGAUGCACUUGAUGCGUUGGCUCUAGGAACCCCAGAAAAUUCUUCUGCUAGCAACAGUUCAAUUUUCCGGCUCAUCCAGAGCAGUGGUGACAGUUUAGAUCCUGAAGAUGUGCCUAUUAUUAGAAAGAUCAAGACGGAAGAAAUUGACCUUGACGAUGUGCCUGUUAGAAAGAUUAAGACGGAAGAAAUUGACCUUGAAGAUGAGCUGAAGCGACUUUCUUUGACUUCUGAUCUGGUGUCUCCUCAUCCAGAUUAUGAGAAGCCAUUUGUUGAUCUAUUGUCCGCCUGUGGACAAAUGCAACCAUCAAACUUCAUGGAAGUAUUCUCCAAAUUCUGUGAACCAGAAAGCAUUGUCAAGAUUGGUGAAGGUACUUAUGGGGAGGCUUUUAGAGCUGGUCCUACUGUCUGCAAAAUAGUUCCAAUAGAUGGAGACUUCACUGUUAAUGGAGAAAUACAAAAGAGAGCUGACGAACUGCUUGAGGAAGUGAUACUCUCUUGGACUCUUAAUCAGCUUAGAGAACGUGAGACUGAAGCUCAGAAUCUGUGCCCGACGUUCAUAAAAACUCAAGAUAUAAAAGUAUGUCAAGGUCCCUAUGACCCUAUACUGAUAAAAGCAUGGGAAGAUUGGGAUGCAAAAAAUGGAUCUGAGAAUGAUCACCCAGAUUUUCCGGAGAAACAAUGUUAUGUCAUGUUUGUUCUGGAACAUGGUGGCAAAGACCUUGAAGGCUUCGUUCUUCUGAACUUUGAUGAAGCACGAAGCUUAUUGGUUCAGGUCACCGCUGGCCUGGCUGUUGCUGAAGCUGCUUUUGAGUUCGAGCACAGAGAUCUGCACUGGGGAAACAUUCUUCUAAGUCGUAAUAACUCGAGUACUCUGCCUUUUACUGUCGAGGGGAAACAAGUUUUCAUCAAAACUUUUGGAGUACAGAUAUCCAUAAUCGAUUUUACGCUUUCAAGAAUCAACACAGGUGAAAAGAUACUGUUUCUGGACCUUACUGCUGAUCCAUACCUCUUCAAAGGACCAAAAGGAGAUAAACAGUCGGAAACUUACAGAAAGAUGAAGGCAGUUACUAAAGAUAGCUGGGAAGGACACUUUGCUCGAACAAACGUUCUCUGGUUAAUCUAUCUCGUGGAUCUCUUAUUGACCAAGAAGUCAUUCGAGCGGUCUUCGAAAGAUGAAAGAGAGUUGAGGUCACUGAAGAAGCGUAUGGAGAAGUAUAAAUCAGCUAAAGAGGCUCUUUCAGAUUCUUUCUUCUCAGACAUGUUGAUGGACCAAAUAUCUUAAAGAGUGUAACAAAACUCACAAGUGAGUAACCAGAAUCUCACUCUCCUUCUCUUUCUUGUAAGUCUUGGCCUAACCUCUAAAAUCAACAAUGUAUUAGCUUUUAUUUCAUGAUCUUCCCUCUGAAGUUGUUUAUCAAAAGAUCUAUUAUCUAAUACCAAUCUUGAUUUUCAUCUCUUC